GCCUGGCUGCACUUGUGUCUUUAAAGGAAUUGUGCCGAAUGGAGUCAAAGACUGGCAGCAGAAACAGUGAGCACCAGCAAGGCCAUGGGAGGCUGGCAGCACUACAGAAGCCGCAUGCACUGAUUGUGUGACUGCACUGUGCAUUUGCACCAUCAUGGUAUCUUGAAUUCUGUAUUUAGCUGAGGAAGAUCCUGAACUGUUGAUCCUUCUGCCUCCACUUCUCAAGUGCUAAGAUUAUAGAUUUUAUGAUGCAUUAUAGCAGUGUCCUGAUUCUGAAAGUUUCUAUGUGUAUGGAUCCCAUAAUUUACUGAGAGAUGGAGGAGCCUCAGAAAAAUGACCUGAACAUGACAGGGCUGGAGGAAGAUAGUCCCAUCAAAAGCACCGGCCCUCAGAUUUCUGUUAGUGAAUUUUCCUGCCAUUGCUGUUACGACACCCUGGUUAACCCCACCACCUUGAACUGUGGCCAUAGCUUCUGCCGACACUGCCUAGCUUUAUGGUGGAUGUCUUCAAAGAAGACAGAGUGUCCAGAAUGCAGAGAAAAAUGGGAAGGUUUCCCCAAAGUCAACAUUCUCCUCAGGGAUGCUAUUGAAAAGUUAUUUCCUGAUGCCAUUAGAAUGCGAAUUGAAGACAUUCAACAGAAUAAUGACAUAGUCCAAAGUCUUGCAGCCUUUCAAAAAUAUGGGAAUGAUCAAAGCCCCUUAACUCCCAGCACAGGGCGAGUGAAUCAGCAGAGAGGAGGGGGAUUCUUCUCCGGCGUGCUCACAACUUUAACUGGUGUAGCAGUCAUCCUGCUUGUGUAUCACUGGCGCAGCAGAGAUUCUGAGCAUGGCCUCCUGGUGCACAAGGCUGUGGUCAAAUGGACAGCAGAAGAAGUUGUCCUCUGGUUAGAACAGCUGGGCCCUUGGGCUUCUCUGUACAGAGAAAGGUUCUUAUCUGAAAGAGUAAAUGGAAGGUUGCUUUUAACUUUGACAGAGGAAGAAUUUUCCAGGGCACCAUACACCAUAGAAAACAGUAGCCACCGAAGAGUCAUCCUCAUGGAGCUGGAGAGGGUGAGAACUCUGGGUGUGAAGCCACCCCAGAAUCUCUGGGAGUACAAGGCUGUCAACCCAGGCAGGUCCUUGUUCUUGUUGUACGCCCUCAAGAGCUCCCCACGGCUUGGCUUGCUGUACCUGUACCUGUUUGACUACACAGAUUCCUUCCUACCCUUCAUCCAUACCAUCUGCCCUCUGCAGGAAGACAGCUCUGGGGAGGACAUCCUUACCAAGCUUCUGGACCUGAGGGAGCCCACAUGGAAGCAGUGGAGAGAAUUCCUUGUCAAGUACUCCUUUCUCCCGUACCAGCUAAUUGCAGAGUUUGCCUGGGACUGGCUAGAGGUCCACUACUGGACAUCACGCUUCCUUAUCGUCAAUGCCAUGCUGCUCUCUGUUCUGGAGUUGUUCUCUUUUUGGAAGAUCUGGUCGAGAAGUGAGCUGAAGACAGUGCCCCAGAGGAUGUGGAGCCAUUUUUGGAAAGUGUCUACACAGGGACUAUUUGUGGCCAUGUUUUGGCCACUUAUUCCCCAGUUUGUCUGCAACUGUUUGUUUUACUGGGCUCUCUACUUCAACCCAAUUAUUAACAUUGAUCUGGUGGUCAAGGAGGUCCGGCGUCUGGAAACCCAAGUGUUAUAACCAGCAGCAAAGCCCAGGAGAGCCCAUGAGUCUCCCUGACAUCAAAGCUGUGAAUUCAGAGGGGCAAGGAGCUCAUUUCUACCCCUGGUAAAGCAAGGUGCUGCUUCUGUGUCAAGGCUUCAACCAGGUCCCCUCCUCUUCUGUUUCUUGGACCUUGGCAUCUGACUGCUACCCAGCUCAGGUGGGACUCUUUGACUAAUACUCAGCCACUCUUCUUAAUGUAGACUUCGGAGGCUCAGGAUAUUGUGAACAACUGGAUGGAAGGUCGUGGACACAAUUCAGAAGACCUCCAUAGGCUCCAGCCUGUGGUAGUACACGCCUUUAAUCCUAGCACUGGGAGACAACGGCAGAAGGAUC